GUGAGAGUUGACUUUUGUUUUGUAUCGAACAGUAGCGUAAAGUUGGUUUUAAUUUUUAUUAAUCAAAUUAUCUUCAUAUAGUAGAUCUCAUCUAGUAGAUUCUAGUGGUGUAAAAAUUGAAAAUAAAAUAAAACGGAAUAAAAGCAAGGUAUAAUCAGCUUCCAUGUAACUAAAAUUUGAGGAUAUUACUAAAUUACUUUUACUAUAAUUCGCAUCAACUGCUCAUAUAGUCCGUUCAUAGCAAUGGGCAUUUUCGGAACUUUAGCACCGUUUGAUCAGGAUGUGGAGAGGGCGACUAGCGAGAAUAAUACUAGUGAGGAAUGGGGUCUGAUAUUAGAAAUAUGCGACCGCGCCAGCGCCAGCGGCGUCAACGCGCGCGACUGUAUGCGUUCCGUCCUCAAGCGCCUCGGCCACGCCGACCCGCACGUGCAGAUGCACGCCGCCACACUGCUCGACGCCUGCGUCUCUAACUGCGGCCGAGUCUUUCAUCUCGAGGUAGCAUCGCGCGAAUUCGAAGCCGAAUUCCGCCGUCUGCUAGCGCGAGCGCAGCCCGCCGUCGCGCAAAAACUACGCGCGAUGAUUCGCAAAUGGGCCGAGGGAGAGUUUCGAAACGACCCGCAGCUCGAUCUCAUUCCCUCGCUUCAUAACAAACUAUGCACCGAAGCCGGCGAGCGACCGACUUCUGCACCCGUAGCCGCCGACGCCCAGACCGCGAGCGCCGCGGAGAAACGCGAGCAGGAAGAGCUGGCGCGCGCCAUCGCACUGUCCCUGCGCGAGACGGCGGCGGCGGCGGCGGCGGGCGGCGCGGGCGGCGCGGGGGGCGCGGGGGGCGCGCUGUACCCGCGCGUGGACGCCGACGCGCCGGCGCCCGCGCCGCCCGCGCGGAAGGUGCGCGCGCUGUACGACUUCGAGGCCGCUGAAGACAACGAGCUCACUUUCCUAGCCGGCGAGAUUGUUCACGUGACGGACUCGAGCGACCCGAACUGGUGGAAGGGAUACAACGAGCGCGGAGAGGGUCUAUUUCCCGCCAACUUCGUCACCUACGACCUCACCGAGCCUCGACCCGAGAGCGAGAGCCGGGGCGGCGGCGGGGAGAAGCGCGUGCAGUUCGCGGCCGAGGCGGAGCCGGCGCCGCGCAUCGACGAGGCGAUCAUGGACGAAGCGCUGGCGCUGCUGCACGAGGCGGACCCGGCGGGCGAGGCGGGCGAGGCGGGCGCGGACGGCGAGGCGGCGCGGCUCGAGGCGCGCGUGCACGCCAUGGGCCCGCUCGUGGACGCGGCGCUGGAGCGCGCCGACCGCCGCCACGCGCGCCUCACGCAGCUCAGCGCCGACCUCGUCGACGCGCUCAACCUCUACCACGAGCUCAUGCGCGACCCCAAGCCGCACUACGCGCCGCACGCCUUCGCGCCUGGCGCGCUGCCCCCCGGGGCGCUGCCCCCCGGGGCGCUUCCCCCUGGGGCGAUGCCCCAUGGUGCUCUCGCUCCCGGUGCGCUGCCCCCUGGGGCGAUGCCCCAUGGUGGUAUGCCCCCGGGCGCUCUGCCCCCUGGGGCGAUUCCUCAUGGUGCUCUGCCCCCCGGCACCUUGCCCCCCGGUGUUCUGCCGCUCGGCGCUCUACCUCCGCAACUGACGCACCAGCCUCAGCCACCAAGGUCCUGAUCGCGAGCUGGAAAUAAGUUCUUCAUUCCUUCAAAUUCUAAUUAUUUAUUAUUGUGAUUGAUGCGUAUGUAUCGUUGUAAAUGAAUAUAUAAUUUAUUUGUA